AUGCCGCCGGAGCCCAAGUCCAAAGCCGCUGUCCCCCAGGGUAAGCGCGACGUCGGCCGGAGAACACUUGAACAAGUCAAGACCGCCACUCCUUCCCUUCCCCUCUUGCCCAUGAAGGAGCAAAAACAGAAGAGCAUGCUGUUGCAGAAACCCAAGAAGGCAGACAGCAAAAACGAACCUCAUUGCAAAGAUGACUUGGCAGCAGCAGCAGCAGCUGAUGACGAUUGGGUUUUGGAAGACCUGGUAGAAAAGGAAGAGGAGGAGGAUGAUGAUGAUGACGACGAUGAAGAUUGGUUCUUUGAAGUUCCGCUGAUGGAGGAAGAAGAUUGGGUUACUGUCACGCCUGAUUCGCGGGACGGAAAAUGGGCUUGA